UCAGUGUAUGAAAGACUCGCUAGUUGCUCCCACGUUUUUCCUCCUUCCCUUCGAGUCACAGGUCCCCUUUCUCCUUCACGUUGCCGCCAUUUCAUCAUUUCUUCCUGGGUCUCUCUCUCUCUCUCCUGCCUCUGUCAAUGGAGAACUUGUUGGGUCUGCUCAGAAUUCACGUUCAGAGAGGCGUGAAUCUCGCUGUCAGAGAUGUUGUAAGCAGCGAUCCUUACGUUGUCAUCAAAAUGGGCAAGCAGAAAUUGAAGACUCGAGUGAUAAAUAAGAAUGUCAACCCUGAGUGGAAUGAUGAUUUGACCUUGUCUAUUUCAGAUCCUCGUCUUCCAGUCCAUCUGUAUGUGUAUGACAAAGACAAAUUCAGUUUUGAUGACAAAAUGGGGGAGGCUGAGUUUGACAUUAAUCCCUUUCUUGAAGCUGUGAGGAUGCGGCUGAAAGACCUCCCUGAUGGAACUAUCGUCACAAGAAUUUGUCCGAACCGACAAAACUGUCUUGCUGAAGAGAGCCAAAUUGUGUGGAAAGAUGGCAAAGUUGUUCAAAACAUGGUUCUUAGACUGAAAAAUGUAGAGUCUGGGGAAGUGGAGCUCCAAUUGCAAUGGAUUGACAUUCCUGGUUCCAGGGGUCUGUAGCUUUGUGCUCCACAUGAUCAGAUGCUCUCUCUGCUUCGCACAUUGUAAAUACUGAGAGAUUCAGUGUAGUCUCAUAAGCCUCCACCUUGCUCUUUUAUUUCUUCAGUACUUUUAUUCUCUUUUCCCCUUUUCACAUCCUAGUGAGAACCCGCUAUGUGUUCAUGUGUUUUUUUAAUAUGUAGUGAUUUGUCAUUAAAAAAAAAAAAUUAUGGAUGUAAGUAGGGCGGACAUUGGUGAGACUAGCUAUCUGCUGUAUUGCUGUUUGUAUUGAUCCUAUGCACUGGAAUAGCUAUAAAUUAAUCGGUUAAGUUUUAUAGUAUUGAGUCA